AAGAAUACGAUGGAGCUCAGCCAGUGACGCCUCUGCUGCCGCCAUCAUCCGUUGCGGUUUUGCCGCGCAUUUCAAGCAAUGACGCCUGAUGAGCGCUACGAGUCUGCGCGUAUACACAAGUACUGCGUCAAUUGCUUGGCGACGUCGCAUUCAACCGGCUCCUGCAGCUCAGCCGUCAGCUGUCAUCGGUGUGGGAAGGCGCAUCACACAAUGCUGCAUCGUCCACCAUCAUCACCAUCGGAAAGCACUCGCCGUACUGACUCGCCCGCACAAGUUCGCCGUGGACGAUCGAAGCUAGCCAGCCGUGUGAUAAAACCAGCCGCAAAGCAAGCUCACAGCGGCAAUACUGCGGUCCAACGGCGCAUCCGCGAUUUAUUCAACCGGGCGGUGCUGACCCUCGAGAAAUUGCAAGAGUUGCUCAACCUGGCACCUGCGCAGGCGGGCCGGCAUGUUGCGGACAUGAGUCCCAACUUAAUCGAAUUCGAUUAAGAACUUUGUAAAGUAUUCCAUUAAUGUUUUUCUAUAAUCCGCGUGCGGCUGGCAAUGCCACAUACUGUACACCAUUGUGAAUGAGUCAGGUGAAUUAGGUUUCAUGUUGAAAUUGUAAGCGGGUUCACGGGGUGACUCGUGCCUGCAAUUAAAUUGCUAGAAUUAUUAACGUUUUAGACGCCGUCGCAGCCGCAUCGCACCGUUUUUUGCUUUUUUGUCACAGAACGCCACUCGGGCGAACUUUGUUACCGGUUUAACCAUACCGCUACUAAAUUUCGGUUUGAAGUUUGAUUGAAGUCAAUAAACAUUAAUG